ACUGAAGCAGAUAUAAGCACUGAGAGAAACAAACUAAGUAAGAACGCGAGAGAGAAAGCCAUGUCUGCGAAAACAGUCCUAUCAUCAGUAGUUCUGGUCAUUCUCAUCGCCGCAUCAGCAGCAGCGGCGGAUAUCGGAUUCGAUGAGUCAAACCCGAUCCGAAUGGUCUCCGAUGGUCUUCGGGAGGUAGAAGAAACUGUUUCCCAGAUCUUAGGUCAAUCUCGCCACGUUCUCUCCUUCGCUCGCUUCACUCACCGCUAUGGGAAAAAGUAUCAGAACGUGGAGGAGAUGAAGCUUCGAUUCUCGAUUUUCAAAGAGAAUCUGGAUUUGAUCAGAUCCACUAACAAGAAAGGCUUAUCUUACAAACUCGGUGUUAAUCAAUUUGCUGAUUUGACCUGGCAAGAGUUUCAAAGGACCAAGCUUGGUGCUGCUCAGAACUGCUCUGCCACUUUAAAGGGCAGCCACAAACUCACAGAAGCAGCCCUUCCGGAAACGAAAGACUGGAGAGAAGAUGGUAUCGUUAGUCCGGUCAAAGACCAGGGAGGUUGUGGAUCUUGCUGGACAUUCAGCACAACUGGAGCUCUUGAGGCAGCUUACCAUCAGGCAUUUGGAAAAGGAAUAUCUCUCUCUGAGCAACAGCUCGUGGACUGUGCUGGAGCUUAUAAUAACUAUGGCUGCAAUGGUGGCCUUCCUUCUCAAGCCUUUGAAUACAUCAAAUCCAACGGUGGCCUCGACACAGAGGAAGCUUAUCCUUACAUCGGGAAAGAUGGAACCUGCAAAUUUUCAGCAGAAAAUGUCGGUGUACAAGUCCUCGACUCAGUCAACAUUACUCUGGGUGCUGAAGAUGAACUGAAGCAUGCGGUUGGAUUGGUACGGCCAGUAAGCAUAGCAUUCGAGGUUAUACACUCGUUCCGGCUUUACAAGAGUGGAGUUUACACUGAUAGUCACUGUGGAAGUACUCCAAUGGAUGUGAACCACGCUGUAUUGGCCGUUGGUUAUGGAGUUGAAGACGGUGUACCAUAUUGGCUUAUUAAGAACUCAUGGGGAGCGGAUUGGGGCGACAAAGGUUACUUCAAGAUGGAGAUGGGGAAGAACAUGUGUGGUAUUGCUACAUGUGCAUCGUACCCCGUUGUGGCUUGAGAUGAUCAACAGCGAAUGUGGUUGGUCAAUUAUCAAAUUACGUAAUGUUCGCAUAUUUAUUGGAUUAAGACAUUACUUUUAAGUUGGGGACUUGGGAAUGCAUAUUGUUUAUGCUUGUUGUAACAUAAAGGUCUGUUCAUAUG